GAUGGCCCCCAAAAAGCCAGAGCCCAAGAAGGAUGAUGCCAAGGCAGCCUCCAAGGCGGCUCCAGCUCCCCCACCGGCACCUGCACCUGCACCUGCCCCCGAGCCCCCCAAGGAGGCUGAAUUUGAUGCUUCCAAGGUCAAGAUCGAGUUUACACCAGAGCAGAUUGAAGAGUUCAAGGAAGCCUUCACGCUGUUUGACCGCACGCCCAAGUGUGAGAUGAAGAUCACAUAUGGGCAGUGUGGGGAUGUCCUGCGGGCGCUGGGCCAGAACCCCACGCAGGCGGAGGUGCUCCGCGUCCUGGGGAAGCCAAAGCAGGAAGAGCUUAACACCAAGAUGAUGGACUUUGAUACGUUCCUGCCCAUGCUUCAGCACAUUUCCAAGAACAAGGACACAGGCACCUAUGAGGACUUUGUGGAGGGGCUGCGGGUCUUCGACAAGGAGGGCAAUGGCACCGUCAUGGGCGCUGAGCUCCGCCACGUGCUGGCCACGCUGGGUGAGAGGCUGACAGAAGACGAGGUGGAGAAACUGAUGGCUGGGCAAGAGGACUCCAAUGGCUGCAUCAACUACGAAGCAUUCGUGAAGCACAUCAUGGCCAGCUGAACCUCUCACCCCAGGUGAGACCCCCCCACUCCCUUCCAAACCUGCUGCCACCUUUGCCACCUCUGCUGAUCUCAGCCUUGUUGUCCCCAUCAUGCCUCUGUCACCCAAAUCCCUUGUUGCCGCCUCCCCAUCUCCACCAACUCCAGUUCUCAGUUGACAUGCUGCUGCCUUGCUUGAUCCCCUCCACCGUACCCUGCAAUCGCCUUUGCUCUCAGGGAGCCCAGGGGAGGCCAUGCUGGGGACAGCUCAUUCCCCAUUCAUGAUGCUGACACCAGUGGCCUGGAGUUGUGGGAAGGAGGGGAGCGCAUCAAGACUCCUGCACAAGCUCCCUCUGCUCAACCCUGCAGACCUGUCUGCCUGGCUGUCAUCUCAUGUCCCUAUCAGGCUACACUUACCUGUGACUGCAUCUCUGUCCCUACCCCAUGAGCCCCAUGAAUAAACGGCUUCUUUCCUUC